CGACGUCACACCAUCCACAGCAGCAGACACCUAACCAACAAACUUCACCAUUGUCCAACAUGUUUGAAACCGUUCCGCAGCAAACAACAGCUGAGUCAGCAUGAUUUGGUACAUAAUGGAAUACGUCGCCAUCAAUGUUCUUAUUGUGAUAAAUGUUUUAAACAACUCUCACACCUUCAACAACAUGUCCGAAUCCACACAGGUAAGAUAUUUAUUUAUUUGAUGUGUGUGAGGGUGUGUGUGUGA